AUGCCACAACAUCAGUCAACGAGAUAUCAAUUCAAAAUUGAGAUGUGGGUACUAAAAGCUCCCCUCUUCAUCCUCUUGAUUGACGGGAUAAAAUCUACAAAAGAUAGUCGAUUCGCUUUAGAUGAAUACUAUCAAGAAGCGUCUGAAAUCUAUAAAAAAGCCAACAAAAUCCAUUUGGAAAAUGAGUUGGCAACUGGAAAAAUCGGUGCUUUGGAUGUGUCUGAAAGAAUUUUGAAUAAGAAAAUUGAUGCGAGUCUUCUGGAAGAGUAUUUGGAGAUGAAGAUAAGUGGAGGAUUGAAGGAACAGAAUGAGAUGUUGGAAUUAUUUGAAAAAGCAAAGGAGUCGGAAACUAGUGAACAAUUGAAAGAUGACGUGGAGAAUGGAUUCAAUAUGAUGGAUGGAUUUAGUGAUUUGGAAAAGAAGAUUUCUGAGCUCAAUAUAUAUGGUGUUUACGAUUAUUUCAGGAGACUAAAGAAAAGAUUUAAUCACAAUUUUUAUGCUUCUGAAUAUCAGUCUGAGCUUUUUACACGUAUUUAUCACACUUACAGUAAAAUUCUUGAAUCUGUUUCGUCAUUUCAAGAUGAUACGUUAUCUGACGCUGAUAAGAGAAUCGUGUGGAAGAAUAUUGAAUUGCUUCAAAGAAUAAACAUCACAUCACAUGAACUACAAGAUGGAUUGGAGCAGCAUGGUUUCAACAACGAUUUGCAAGGUUUUGCCUCUGUUGAACGUACGCGAGAUGUCACUGAAAAACUGAAUGCAAUGAUGGAUGAAGUCAAGAACUUCAAGAAGGGAAUCGAUUCGAAACUAUUAAAAGUUGAGAAGGAGAUGGAAACGUUGGAAGCAUUGAGAGAAGGAAACGUGGUCAAUGAAAUUAAAAACCGUUUUCAAAAUCUGACUAAAUCUUCGGAUUUUCUAACAAACUUUACUACUGUUUUUCAUGGAGAAUAUGGAGGAAUUCAAUCCCUAUCUCCCCUUCUUCAAAAAAUCAAAUCCUUCUCAUCCAAAAUGAGAUCAUUUGAAUUUCGAACAUCCACAAGUUCCAAAAAAUGGUCUACAUUUGAAAAUCAUUUCCAACAUACGAAAAUUCAAUCUGGCAGCCUGACGAAGAAGUUCUCAAAUUUCCGAGAUUGUGUUCAAAACUUUGAUUUUCAAAUGAGUUUCCCGAUAGAUUUCUUAGCUGAUUUUGAUGAAAAAUUGACUGCAGUUCGUUCAAUGGAUUUGGAUAUUCAGAACACUACGAAACGUUUAGAGAAACUUGCAGAAACAACAGAUAACCUUCUCACGCUUAUCGAACGAAGGUAUCCAAAUCCAGCACAAGUCGAUAGAGAUUUACUAUCUCUAUUUCGAGAGUUUCUUGAUGAACAUGCAUGGUGUCAGAAUUUUCAAGAUGACUACACUUUUUACGGUUGGAUUAUUGAAGCAAGUAUCAGGCUCAAAGAAUUGAACGUGGAUAAUGCUCGGGAAGUAUUUGAGGGAAUUUUUGAGAAAUUGGAUGAACCCAAACAGUUUUUGAAAUGCUAUUCAAAUCUCGAAACGACGGCUUCCGAUAUGAAGGAGUUGUUGGUGUUACCUGGAAAAGUUUGGAACUUUGAUCCGAAGGUGUUGGAGAGUACGGUAGAAGUGGUGGGAGUGUUUAAAGAAGUGGCAACAAAUCCAGAAAUUGAGAACUUUCCACUGGAUGGAGAGGAUGUGAAGGCUGUUUCUGAUGGGACCAAUGUGUUGGAAACGAUUCGAAAUGUACAAAAUGGAUUGGAAAUGAUGAAGACGUUGGAUGUUGAGAAUUUAGGAAUCAAAGACUCCUGGGACCUUUUGGAUUCUUCAUUGUCACAGUUUUUUGAGAUUCUGUCAAGCCAAAAGAUUUGGAAUUCAUCCAAUGUUUCAUUUCCAACCAAUCUUCCAAUAGACACAAUCAAAACAUUCAUCGAAGACGAGUAUCAGGAGAAUCAGAGAAAUGAUAUUUUGAAUUUUCUAAAAGAAAUUCAAAUAUUGAAGACUGAUUUUCAUGAAUACCCAAAUAAAUUGGAGAAGAUGAAUGAGGCAAUGGAAAAAAUGAAAAGAUGGGAGGAUGAAAAAAUGAAUCCAGUGAAGACGAUGGUUGAUUGUUUUGAGAUGGAAUGUAACGCCUCAUUGAAACUUCCCGAAGCUUCCAACUAG